AUGCCGCUGAUCGUGACCCCCGUGACGACCCCCGACGAGAUGCAGCAGGCGCUGGCGCUGCGUCGCCGCGUCUUCAUCGACGAGCAAGGAUUCCGCGAAGCCGUGGAGACGCAGGACCCCAACGACGACAAGCCGACCACCAUCCACUUCCUGGGCAGAGACUCGGAGACGGGCGAGUACGUGGCGGUGGCUCGCUGUCUGCUGGACGAGCCCAACCGCAAGGUCAAGUUCGGUCGCGUGGCGGUGCUGUCGGAGUGUCGCGGCAAGAACUUCGGUGCACAGCUCAUGGACGGCAUCGAAGAGCACGUUCGAAGCAAAGUAGACAAGUUUGUGCUGUCCUCGCAGUACGGACGCAAGGGUUUCUACCUCAAGUGCGGCUACCAAUGCCCGAGCGAUGAGAUUUACCUGGAAGAGGGGGUCAAGCACUGCUGGAUGGAGAAGUCGGCUACCAAGCCGUCGGCUUAA